AUGGCUGAUUCAGACACGUAUCGUCCUCAGCUGACUCCCAUCCUGUCCGAUGUGGGCCGUGCUCGAUGGUCCAGCGCGGGCGUCCGACUCAAUCGUGCGUUCGCUCGCUCGUUCGCUGGCGCUGCCGGCCGGUCUCCACAAUUUGCACUCCAGAUUGGGAGGGUCCUAGGUCCUUACCUAGCCGCCACCGCGGGCGCGCGGGGCCCCUUCCCUGAUCACUAUGGAGCCUGGAGCCUUGCGUUGGCGCAGCCUCGUCGCUUGAAACGGUCGCUGGCCCAGCCGCAUCCAGUGGCACUGCAUCCGCAUCGCCUGGUCUGGAGAGGUUGUCAGCCCGCGAGCCUGAAAGCCUACUCGAGCACCUCGAGCACCACCCCGCCCCCUCACUUGCCGGCUUGUGCAACCCCAAUCCCCCCCGAAUCUGCAACCACCACUGCUGAUAACGUGGAUCAGCCUUCCACUGACAUGUCGCAGCGCGAGAGGUCUCGUUCUCCCCGUAGGGGUCGCUCCAGGAGCCCGAACGGUCGCCGCUCAUACUCGCCGCGUGACGAGUCGAGGAAUAACAACCACCAGAAGAGGAGAAGCCGUUCUCCCAUGACGGGCCAACCCCAGCAGACUGGACAGUCUUCCAACACUGGCUACAACGCUCCUCCCCCUCACCACGGGUCGUACGAAGAUCGUGCGGCUCGCCGCGAACAGGUCAUGAACAACAUCCGCGAGACGUCCCAGCAGGACCGCCGCGUCUACGUCGGCAACCUGUCUUACGACGUGAAGUGGCAUCACCUGAAGGACUUUAUGAGACAGGCUGGAGAGGUUCUCUACGCCGAUGUCUUGCUUCUUCCUAAUGGAAUGUCGAAGGUGGGCGCCUACAAUAUUGUGGAAUAUGCCACUAGGGAACAGGCUCAACACGCCAUUGCGACUCUCAGCAACCAGAAUCUUAUGGGCCGCUUGAUCUACGUCCGCGAGGACCGCGAGAGUGAGCCUCGUUUCGGCCCUCCGGGCGGCAUUCCCCGCGGUGGUUACUCUGGCGGCAUGGGCGGCGGUGCCUACGGCGGCUUCAACCCUAUGGGCACUGCUGGCCGCCAGCUCUACGUCUCUAACCUGCCCUUCAACAUUGGCUGGCAGGAUCUGAAGGAUCUCUUCCGCCAGGCUGCUCGUCAGGGCGCCAUCAUUCGUGCCGAUGUCCACAUGGGCCCCGAUGGCAGGCCCAAGGGUUCUGGUAUCGUCGUGUUCGAGUCCCCCGAUGAUGCUCGCAACGCCAUCCAGCAGUUCAACGGCUACGAGUGGAACGGUCGCAUCAUCGAGGUGCGUGAGGAUCGCUUCGCCAACCCCGGCAUGGGCGGCCCUGGCUUUGGUCGUGGCGGCUACGGUGCUCCCCGUGGUGGCUUUGGUUAUGGCGGCCGUGGCGGCUUCGCAGGCCGUGGCGGUUAUGGUUACGGUGGUCGCGGUGGGUUCGGCGGUCAUGGCGGCUAUGACAACAACGUCUCGAUGCCUCCUAACCCCUUCACCGACAACGUUGUUCCGGGCACGGAGAAGUGUGACACUAUCUUUGUCCGCAAUCUUCCUUGGUCAACGAGCAACGAGGACCUCGUUGAGCUGUUCCAGACUAUCGGCAAGGUUGAGCAGGCCGAGAUCCAGUAUGAGCCGAGCGGCCGCUCCCGCGGUACCGGUGUCGUCCGCUUCGACAACGCCGACACAGCCGAAACUGCUAUCGCCAAGUUCCAGGGUUACCAGUACGGCGGUCGUCCGCUCAAUAUCGCCUAUGCCAAGUACCUCAACCCGCAGCAGAACGACAACGCCAUGGACACCGAUCCGCAUGCUGGGCUUACUCAGGACCAGAUUAUGUAA